UAACCUUCCGGUGAGUAGCCGGCGCCCGCUCUUCCAAGAGAGCUGACAGAGAGGUAAAGGCUUUCUCUCCCAAGGAAACAUUCGAAAUCACUCUUGAUGGAUAAAAAUUUUAAGGUCUGACCUUACAAAGAAAUUGGCAAAACUAUGGGGCAACGGAAGCUCGAAGACUCUAUUGGAGCGUAAAUUGGUACAGCCAUAUUUCGAACAGGGAUUGGCGUUACUCGGCAUAGUUGAAAAUACACACGCAUCAUGACCCAGCAGUGUCACGCAGAGGGUGGCCUCGCCGGAAGGCAGAAGAGCUCCGCCCCGCCCCUUGUUUCACUUAAGCCGAAUACCCAGCAAAUCACAGGAAGUGACGCAACACCCACACUUCCCAUGGCCCGCGCUGCACGGUGGGCUGCCGGCCGAAGCCGAGGGCGGAACUGGCGGAAGUGACGUUAACAACGCGCGCCAGGAGUUCUGUAGGGUCGGGAACGGUCGCCGUAGCGGGCGCCUGGGCCGUUUGCGGCUUAACGUCGUUUUCGCCGACUGUUAGUUGUCUCUGCAGUGACUCCAGAUGCUGUUCUUGAGGUGUUAAUCAGUCCUGUUUGAAUCGGUCAGUUCUCACAGCAAUCCUGAGCACGGUAGGAGUCCAUCUGAACUAAACAAUAAAAGUCACAGGAAAUGUGGAAGGAAUAAGAUUUCAGCUUUGUAAGCAGCAUCACUGUUUCUUGGUGUGCAUGAAGAUAACCCAGAGAGUUGAGGAAGUCGCUAAGAGUGUGCUGGGGAUGCUCUAGGAAAAGACUGAAUGCUGAGGUGAUUCCCAGUCCAAAGGUUUUUGAUUUGCCAAGAAGAAAGUGAACCUCAUGGAUCAGAACAACAGCCUCCCACCUUAUGCCCAGGGCCUGGCCUCCCCUCAGGGGGCCAUGACUCCUGGAAUCCCUAUCUUUAGUCCGAUGAUGCCGUAUGGCACAGGACUGACUCCACAGCCUAUUCAGAGCACCAACAGUCUGUCUAUUUUGGAAGAACAGCAAAGGCAGCAGCAGCAACAGCAGCAGCAGCAGCAGCAGCAGCAGCAGCAGCAGCAGCAGCAGCAGGCGGCAGUGGCAGCCGUUCAGCAGUCGACCUCCCAGCAGGCGACCCAGGGGGCCUCGGGCCAGACACCACAGCUUUUCCACUCACAGACUCUUACGACCGCACCCUUGCCGGGCACCACUCCCCUGUAUCCCUCCCCCAUGACUCCCAUGACCCCCAUUACCCCUGCCACGCCAGCCUCGGAGAGCUCUGGGAUUGUGCCGCAGCUGCAAAAUAUUGUAUCCACAGUGAAUCUUGGUUGUAAACUUGACCUGAAGACCAUUGCACUUCGUGCCCGGAAUGCUGAAUAUAAUCCCAAGCGGUUUGCUGCUGUAAUCAUGAGAAUAAGAGAGCCCCGGACCACUGCACUGAUAUUCAGUUCUGGGAAGAUGGUGUGCACAGGAGCCAAGAGUGAAGAACAGUCCAGACUAGCAGCAAGAAAAUAUGCCAGGGUUGUACAGAAGUUGGGUUUUCCAGCUAAGUUCUUGGACUUCAAGAUUCAGAAUAUGGUGGGGAGCUGCGAUGUGAAGUUCCCUAUAAGGUUAGAAGGCCUUGUGCUUACCCACCAACAGUUCAGUAGUUAUGAGCCAGAGUUAUUUCCUGGUUUAAUCUACAGAAUGAUCAAACCGAGAAUUGUUCUCCUUAUUUUUGUUUCUGGAAAAGUUGUAUUAACAGGUGCUAAAGUCAGAGCAGAAAUUUAUGAAGCCUUUGAGAACAUCUACCCUAUUCUAAAGGGUUUCAGGAAGACAACGUAAUGGCUGUCAUGUACUCCUGCCUCCCCCACCCACUUGUUUUUUUUAAAACAAAUCAGUUCUGGUACAUUUAGUGGUGUUGUGGAUGGCCCCAUGUGAUGAGAGGAUGGAUGUCUGGUUGUAGGUUGCAGCACGAGGUGAAGCUCCCCUGCAUGUGUACCCUGUAGGGAUGCCAGGAAGGGGGCGUUAUUUCUGCACAGAGAUCACCGAAGUGUUACUGUAAGUUGCUCGAACUGUGCUGCUAUUUGGGCAGCGCUGCCCGUUUAUUUAUAUUUAGAUUUUAAACACUUACUGCUGUUGACAAGUUGGUUUAAGGGACAAAACUUUAAGUGUUAAAGCCACCUCAACAAUCGAUUGGACUUUAUUUUGUUUAAUUUCUUCCCCAUAAACCACAGUUUUUAUAUUUCUACCAGAAAAGUAAAAAUCUUUUUAAAAAGUGUUGUUUUCUAAUUUGUAACUCCUAAGGGUUAUUUUUGUGCCACAUUCCGCCUUUCCAGUAUUGCAGGACAGAAUAGAAAUGUAUUAAUGAAAACAAAUGGCUGUACAUAUUUUUCUUCCUUCAGAGUACUCUGUACAAUAAAUGCUGUUUAUAAAAGUGUUAGAUUGAUGUUAUAAAUGAAACUUUGUAAGAUCAUGUGAUCAUACUGUUUAAAAAGUCGUAUUUUAGAUAUAAUGCCUGAAACCAUUUAAGUGUGUUUGCUUGCUUGCUUGCUUGUUGUUUGUUUCAAUCAACAUUUCAUUGUAUGUUGCAGUGAAAAUGGAAGAAUUGUCUGAAAAUUUUAAGUUGCUCACAAAACAUGUUUAUUACGUCCCAUACGUUGAGCACCUCCCGUUUCCCAGAUAUGUUGCCUUCUCACAAAAGCUGCAGUUAGGUUUUGUUCCUCUUUCACAAGUAGGGUAAGGUAGGCCCCAGCUGAGGGUCAGCCCAAGGUUACAGAGCCCGUUAAGUGGCAAACACGGGCUCUAAGCCAAAGGCCUUCAGUGUUAGAGCUGGGGUUGUCCACUGACUGGUGAGGUGUGUUUUUCUCAUGAAUAUCAGGUGAGCACGUGUAAGUUCUUGGGGUUCAUUGUUCGGGCAUGUGUUUUUCUUUUUAAUUGUAAAAAUAUUUUUUCAGAAACCAGAAAGUUCCUUCCUUCCUCUCCCUUCUGUCUGUUUCCCUAGGUUAACUACCAGAUUGGUGGGUACCUCCCCAGCCCUCUUCUGUUCAGGUUUUUUUCUUUUGGGGGUGCUUUUGUUAUCAUAUUGA